UGUCCUGUUAUUAUUAUUAUACAGGGGGAGCAGCCUGUGGUGUCCUGAUAUUAAUAUUAUUAUUAUUAUACAGCAGGAGCAGCCUGUGGUGUCUUGUUAUUAUUAUACAGGAUGAGCAGCCUGUGGUGUCCUAUUUUUAUUAUUAUUAUUAUUAUACAGGUGGAGGAGCCUGUGGUGUCCUGAUAUUAUUUGUAUACAGGGCGAGCAGCCUGUUGUCUCUUGUUGUUAUUGUUAUUAUUACAAUACAGGAGUAGCAGUGUGUGGUGUCCUGUUAUUAUUAUUAUUAUUAUUACUACUAUUAUUAUUAUUAUUAUUAUACAGAGGGAGCAGCUUGUGGUGUCCUGUAAUUAUUAUUAUUAUACAGGAGGAGCAGCUUGUGGUGUCCUGUUAUUAUUAUACAGGGGGAGUAGCCUGUGGUGUCCUUUUAUUAUUAUUAUACUGGAGGAGCAACCUGUGGUGUCCUGUUAAUAAAGACAUGUUAUUAUGUUUAUGCUGGGGUGCAGCCUUUAGUGUCGUUGUUAUUAUUAUUAUUAUUAAUUUUAUUAUAUGAAAUUGUGGGGAUUGAAAAUAUUGCUCAAAUUCUCGGAUAUAUUAAAGCAGAGACCAUAAUAUCCCUGGCAUGUGUAACAGAUGAUAAUUGAAGCAGUAUGAAGCAAAUGUAUAUCACACACCUGGGAGUGUCACAGUGACAUCAUUUAGAUCUAUAGUAAUAAAGGAACUCCAGCUGUGGGGAACGGAGUCUUUAUUACACAUCACACGUUCUGUAUUCUCUCUGAUUCACAAAGGAUGGACAAGGACAGGAGUCACAGGACUGAAAAGAUAAUAAAUAUCACCCUGGAGAUCAUCUACCUACUGACUGGGGAGGAUUACACAAUAGUGAAGAAGACAUCCAAUGGGUGUGAGACACCCAGCAGCCAUCCCCGUGUAUCAGGAGGACUGAGUAGAACCCAGAGCCCAAUCACGGUGCCUCCACCUCACUCACUGACACAUGAGAGACACAAUGACAAGAAGAUCCUGGAACUCACCAACAAGAUCAUUCAACUGCUGACUGGAGAGGAGGAGGAGUAUAUAGAGGAACACAGGGGUCUGUACAAGGACUUGAUGAUGGAGAAUCACCGGCCCCUCACAUCACUGGAUGGACCCAGUAACAGAGAUACCCCAGAGAGAUGUCCCCGUCCUCUGUAUUCCCAGGAUUGUACAGAGGAGAAUCCCAGGAUCCCACAGGAGGAUCAGGUAGAACGUCUUUCUUGUAUAAAGGCAGAAGAUAUAAGGAGAGAAGAAGAGACAUAUGUGACUGAUAUAAAGGCAGAAGAUAUAGAGGAAGAAGAAGAGACAUAUGUGACUGAUAUAAAGGCAAAAGAUAUAGAGGGAGAAGAAGAGAUGUAUGUGACUGAUAUAAAGGCAGGAGAUAUAGAGGGAGAAGAGGAGACAUAUGCGACUGAUAUGAAGGCAGAAGAUAUAGAGGGAGAAGAAGAGACGUAUGUGACUGAUAUAAAGGCAGAAGAUAUAGAGGGAGAAGAAGAGACGUAUGUGACUGAUAUGAAGGCAGAAGAUAUAGAGGAAGAAGAAGACACGUAUGUGACUGAUAUAAAGGAAGAAGAUAUAGAGGGAGAAGAAGAGAAGUAUGUGACUGAUAUAAAGGCAAAAGAUACAGAGGAAGAAGAAGAGACGUAUGUGACUGAUAUAAAGGCAGAAGAUACAGAGGGAGAAGAAGAGACGUAUGCGACUGAUAUGAUGACAGAAGAUACAGAGGGAGAAGAAGAAACGUAUGUGAGGGGUGAUCAGCAGUGUAAGGAGGAGGAGAUCCCUACAGAUAUCAGCACAGGAGAUGGACACACAAGCAGGAAUAUCUCAGAAGGACAUCUAAUGUUAUCCCCGGAUUGUGACAUAAAAGAUAAUGACAGUAGACAGGAUUCUCCAGGAGAUAACCCCAUUACCCCAAUUAUACAUCCAGCUCUAUCAGCUGAUCCCUCUGAUCCUGGGAAAUGUUCUCCUGAUCACUCUGAUAUUGGUGCAUCUGUUACAGCUCUGAGAGUAGAUUCAGUGUUUCCUUGUUCUAUAGAUGCACCAUGUUUUACACAGAACACAAACCGUAUUACUCAUCAGCCAGCUAAGGCAGGUGAGAGGCCAUUUCCAUGUUCUGAGUGUGGGAAAUGUUUUACAUAUAAAUCAUAUCUUGUUAGACAUGAGAGAAGUCACACAGGUGAGAAGCCGUAUUCCUGUUCUGAGUGUGGGAAAUGUUUUGCACAGACAUCAGCUCUUGUUACACAUCAGAGAAGUCACACAGGUGAGAAGCCGUAUUCCUGUUCUGAGUGUGGGAAAUGUUUUGCACAGACAUCAGCUCUUGUUACACAUCAGAGAAGUCACACAGGUGAGAAGCCGUAUUCCUGUUCUGAGUGUGGGAAAUGUUUUACACAGAAAUCAUCUCUUGUUACACAUCAGAGAAGUCACACAGGUGAGACGCCGUAUUCCUGUUCUGAGUGUGGGAAAUGUUUUGCAUGGAAAUCAGAUCUUGUUACACAUCAGAGAAGUCACACAGGUGAGAAGCCAUUUUCAUGUUCUGAGUGUGGGAAAUGUUUCGCAUAUAAAUCAGAUCUUGUUACACAUCAGAGAAGUCACACAGGUGAGAAGCCGUAUUCCUGUUCUGAGUGUGGGAAAUGUUUUGCACAGACAUCAGCUCUUGUUACACAUCAGAGAAGUCACACAGGUGAGAAGCCAUAUUCCUGUUCUGAGUGUGGGAAAUGUUUUUCAUUGAAAUCACAUCUUGUUAGUCAUCAGAGAAGUCACACAGGGGAGAAGCCAUAUUCCUGUUCUGAGUGUAGGAAAUGUUUUGCACGGAAACCAGCUCUUGUUAUACAUCAGAGAAGUCACACAGGUGAGAAGCCGUAUUCCUGUUCUGAGUGUGGGAAAUGUUUUGCACACAAAUCACAUUUUGUUAUACAUCAGAGAAGUCACUGUGAGAUGCCGUAUUCCUGUUCUGAGUGUGGGAAAUGUUAUUCAUCGAAACCAGAUCUUGUUAUACAUCAGAGAAGUCACACAGGUGAGAAGCCAUAUUCCUGUUCUGAGUGUGGGAAAUGUUUUGCAUGGAAAUCAGCUCUUGUUACACAUCAGAGAAGUCACACAGGUGAGAAGCCGUAUUCCUGUUCUGAGUGUGGGAAAUGUUUUGCACACAAAUCACAUUUUGUUAUACAUCAGAGAAGUCACACAGGUGAGAAGCCAUUUUCCUGUUCUGAGUGUGGGAAAUGUUUUUCAUCGACAUCAGUUCUUGUUAAACAUCAGCGAUUUCACAGAUGAGAAGCCAUUUUCAUGCUGUGAGAGAAAUAAAUCUGCUCUUGUUGAACAUAUUAGACAUUACCCAAGUACGGAACCAUUUACAUCUUCUGGAGUAUAAUUAUCACUGCCGUCCAAUGUUCCUCAAGGGUGAAUCCGAUCUCUUAUGCUUUAUAAAAUAUACAUGCUACCACUGGGUGAUAUAAUCAGACAUCAUGGCCUGGUCUACCACUGGUAUGCAGAUGACCUGCUUUUUGCUCCAUGUACUGAGAACCUAAUACCAAUCCUAAAUGGUUGUCUAGCUGAGCGCCAGGGGUGGAUGAUACCAGUUGGCUGUGACUCAGUCUUUGUGAAACAUAAUAGAAGCUCCCGAACAAAGGACAAGACUACAGCUUUACCAACCAUCUGGAUUUAUGCUUUGGUGUUCAGAAUUGCAAAAUACUAAACAUGUGCUGAAUCUUUGUGUUGUCCUGGUAUGUGGCUGACACAGACAUCAGGUAUCUGCCACAUACUAAUCCUCAUUCUUCCAUCUGUGGACCAUAGCCAGAAUCAAGCACUUGAUUCCCUCAGAAGUUCAUAGACUACUGCAAUGCCAUCUACCUGGGUCACCCAGCAAAAGAAUUACAGAGCUUGCAGCUAGUACAGAAUGCAGCAGCCAAGCUGUUACCUAACCAGCCCGUUCCUGCCUCCUAACACCCAUUCUCUAUUCCCUUCACCGGCUGCCUCUAAGAUGACAAAUCUAUUUCAUAAUUGGCUAACUGACCUUCCCAGCCCAACAUUACAUGGUCCAAGGAACUAGAAGCAGCUUCUGCCUCCUUACUGCCCUGCUUGCUUGCUUCUACAGAUGGACUGUUACCAGCAGUACCAAGAAUCUCCUGUCAUUCAUUUAUGGGUUGAACGUUUAGCUUUGACCAUGGAACUCACUGCCUUGCACAGUCCAAGAGGCCUCCACUCUAGAGACCUUCACAAGCAGACUGAUGACUGUUACUCACGCUUUUCAUUAAUGUACCUCUAUUUACUUCCUAAAUAAUACAUCCCAAAUGCUUAGGUCUUUUUUCUGCUGUUUAUUUUGUAUCUUGUGCUUUGUGUAAAUGUGAAUGUCUAAUACCAGUUUCCACAAUCUGUAUUGCUGCACGACAAUAUGGCGGCCAUUGGAACGUGUUUUCACUUCUUCUAGUUUGCCUAACUUGUUGCAGACACUCAUCUUGAUCAGGAGUGUCGAGUGUUUUCUUAUACAAGAUCCUGUCCAUAUAUACCCUGUACAUUAUCAUGUGCAUUAGAGUCACCCGGGUUCCAUCUGCGGUGGUUUGUUGUAUGUUACAUCUAUAUGGUGCGGAUACUCCCCUGUAUUUCAUAAUAAAAGCUUUU